AUGGCCCGAGCUCUGGAAGUCGGCGAUUUCGCCCACGAGUGGAUAGGUAACCUAAUCAGAAUGUCGCUAGUUAUUGCGCCCGCACGUUGUCAGACAUUGUGUAGAUGUGAUGUGGCCGCAACAGACCUCGAGCACGUAGGAGAUUUCCGUUUAGGGAACAACACAAUGUCAGACGCUCCGGUGCAGCACAAUACAGCCCCCCGACCAAUGUUAUGCAACAGAAAAUACACGGCAAUACGCGUGGAGCUCUAUUAG